CUUGGUUACUUAUCAGAAUAGCUUCUAUCUCGUUCCACUCAGCACUCUGUGGAAGCCAAAAUGACGGAAACCACCACGACCGUCAUCACUAACGGCACCUCCGUGGCCGUGAAGACCAUCGCUGGCCGUCCCCACGACACUGUGGUCUUAGGGUCGCUCAAGACAGUGACUUGGAUCAAGACAAACCCGGUGCUCAGCGACGGCUAUGCCAUCACCAAGACACAAGUCGACAAAGCCAGACAGUAUCGCAUCAUAGAAGCUAUUUUCACAAUUGUUUUGGUCCAGAUCUCGGUGGUGCUGACGUUGGUGGAGGCCGUGCCGUGGCCCGGCGUGGUUGUCCGCUUAGUGCACCGAGUGGACGAGUUUACGGAGAGGACGUUAGAGUCCAUCUACAGGACUCUAGAGUGGUGGUUUGACUGCAUUUCCAUCCGCUUGAUGCGACUUCUGGAAACGCUCGUCAUUUACUUAGACAAGUUCAUCACAACGAUCGACUCUGUCAUCCACUGGUUCUUGCAGAAAUACGACUGGGUUUUCGCCUUCGUCCUCAAAGUCUACGCUCGCGUGUCGGCGGUAUGGACUUGGUACGUGUCACUGUGGACUUCUGCUUGGAGCGCCCUCAGGUCCGGCGUGCAGUCCACUCAGCAGAUGUGGACGCUCAGUCAAGAGGAAUUAAUAAGAAACAACGAAGAAGCUGAGAAGAAGAAACAAAUUGCCGCGGAAGCAGCCGCCGCUCUAGUCAAGGCGAAACAGAAACCCCGCAUCCGAAUUUCUUCGUUGUCCUCGACGGAAAAACGCUUGUCUUUCUCUGGCUUGGACGACUGGGAAGACGGAGGGUGUAGUACCGGAGGCCGCGUCUCCCCAAUGAUCCCGCGGUCUCCGGUCUACCGGGGUUCCGAUUCCGAGGGCUCGGAUGUUGCAGCCAUCCAGGAAACCCGGAAAUUUCUAGUUGGCGAACAAACAGGCCGCUGCUACAGUCGCGUGGACACGUCGGCGACUGUGGUGGGGCGGCAGAGAGACGCCAUGUACGAGCGCGUGGCAACCAAACUGCAAGUCAUGAGGAAGAACAGCAUCAGGUUCUCCAGGGGCAUUGACGUACGUGUCAGUCGUCUGAUUUGGUCAGCUCAGCAGCAGUGCACGCCGCGGUCGCUCAUGUCUCUCGUGCUCUCCAUAAUCAAGUAUUUUAUCCUGGCUCCCUUCAAAGUGAUGACGUGGUUGGUGGGGGGUAAGCGGUUGAGCCGCCGGUCUCGAUCCAUGCGUCAGGAAAGCCUCCGCAGACGUAAAGCUGCAGAGGCCGCAGCUGCAGGGUUAAAUCCUCCUCUAGGACCCGUCGUCUUCAAAGAAUCCGAUGCCACAAAACUACCACUGUUGCCUACCAGCAGCGUCGCCCACGACACAUCGCAGAAAACAAAGUCGCAGCUCGAUUGUAAAAUUCCAGCAACUCUCGACAGAGGCAUCAGUGAAGAUAUUCCAGACUUCUCCGAAGAAUCUAAUGGCAGCACGACAUCAACGGUUCCUAGGAAUAAUGGCAAUAGCCCGACUUUUCAGCCAAAAAACGAAAAAUAUUUGUCUCUUUCUUCCACAAGUACAAUUUCGGAGGAGCCAGAUGAGGAUGAUGGGGAAUGUAGCGGUCAAUUUGUGACCCCUCCUCCGACUCCAGUAAAAAAAUCCUCCGUGACGAGCUCCUCAAGACUCAGGAGUCUUUUGGGUCCUGGCAAAUUAACCGGCAAUCCUGAAAUGGCUUCCAGUGAACCCGAUCUCACCUCGAUACUCGUACAUAGGGAAUCCAACAGACUAUCACUUGGGGAACUGCCCGAUGACUUCUCACCGCUGGGCAGCAAGAAAAACAAGAAACGUGUGACCAUUCGGUGAGCCGAACAAUUUAUCAUCGAUAAAUUGUCUCUGUUACUAAAAAAAUAUGCUUAUAAUUUUUUAAACCAUAUCAUUUAGUUAUUAUAAGGGAAAUAGCACGGCAGGAUUUUUUUUUCAUGUGAUCCUAAGCAAUGCUGCGGAAACGAAGAGGUGUGCAAUCCCAAAUCAGUAUAAACAGAUACGAUGACAAGAGUUUACUAUUUUCCAAUUGAAAAUAUACCGACAGCAAUCAAUUCAAUAAAUAUUCUUUUAUCGCUAUGAUUAGCUUUGAUUGAGAUCACAUCUUUAAUUUUUUCUUCAAAAAAUAUGGGUUUACAUUUUUUCCAGUCCUUGAAUACUAAUUAAAUAUUCCUGUAAUAAGUUAACCUUAAGAGAGUAAUAUUAUCAAGUCAAUAUUUCAUAAUAAACGAAUCAAUUAACUGCAUAGCAUUCAAGUAUAAAGGAGAAUACUCCCUAAAAUAUGUUUAAGAAAUGUACUUUAUUUGUUAAGUAAUACAAUGAGAGUGAGAAACAUUAAACAUUUGUCAUUAGUAUAGAAACAUCUUUAUUAUUGAUUUCAUAAUUCCAUUGAACAGCAUAGUCUUUUAUAAUGACAUUGUUUCAUUAUAGUGACAUUUUAUUCUUUUAGUUGAUUGUGAGCGUCGCGAACGGCUCGAUGCACGUGAGGCUACCUAACCAAGUUAGCAGCAUUGUGCCUCGUUAGAGACAAUUGCAAGGUUCAAAUAUACCGUGCAUAUAGCUAGAAAUAUAUGCGCCUAGAUGUGUAUAGAUAUUGGAUAAACUUCGAGCUUCAAAAGCGGGUGUGAACAAAAUAGUUUGGGUCCGAGUAACUAAUCGAUUGUUUUUAGCGCAUUUUCUCAUUUAUGGAAAAAAUGCACUAUUGUGCUCG